AAGAUCUAGAAGAAGAAAUGGAAGAGAACGAUGAUUCAGAAGAUGAUAGAAAUGUGAACCUAGAUGUCGAAAUGAAAUCUGUUAAAGAUGUGAGGAAAGUGGCUAAAUUACUUGGAACUAGACAAAUGAGAGAGGUCCUAACGAAAAUUGAAAAACUUAAAGAUACAAAUCGUUCUCAACAAAUAAUGGGUCCUGUUGAAGAAGAUCCGGAAUAUAAGCUUAUAGUCCAGGCUAAUAAUUUGACAGUAGACAUUGAUAACGAGAUUUUAGUAGUUCAUAAGUUUAUAAGAGAUCAUUAUGCUAAAAAGUUUCCUGAAUUGGAAUCUUUGGUCCUUAACCCGUUAGAUUAUACCAGAGCAGUCAAGGCUAUAGGGAACGAAAUGGAUUUAACCAAAGUCGACUUAAGAUCUAUCUUACCUUCUGCUACUGUUAUGGUGGUUACCGUUACAGGAUCUACUACCAAUGGGCAAAAAUUAACUGAUGAAGAGAGUACGAUUGUUAGUGACGCGUGUGAUAUGGCAUUGGAAUUGGAUACUGCCAAAAGAAAGAUUUUAGAAUAUGUAGAGUCUAGAAUGACGCUUAUUGCACCUAACCUUUCGGCUAUUGUGGGAAGUACAACCGCAGCCAAAAUGUUGGGGCAAGCUGGUGGAUUGAUGGCUCUUUGCAAGAUGCCGUCUUGUAAUGUUAUGAAGACAAGUACUGGAUUCUCAAGUGCAUCAACUCCCAGACAUACUGGAUACUUGUUUCAAUCAGAAUUGAUUCAAAGGACUCCUCAAGACCUCAGAAGUAAAGCACAAAAGAUUGUAGCAGCAAAGUGUACUUUGGCCGCCAGAAUGGAUCGAACGCAUGAAUCGACUGAUGGUUCAUUUGGAAGAUCGUUACGUGAACAAAUUGAUAAAAAACUUGAAAAGUUACAAGAGCCACCUCCAUCUAAAACUGUCAAACCCUUACCUAUACCCGAUGAAGGUCCAAAAAAGAGAAGAGCUGGCAAGAAAGUACGACGAAUGAAAGAGGCUUAUGCGGUUACAGAAUUGCGAAAAGCUCAAAAUAGAAUGGCUUUUGGUGUUGCAGAGGAUGAAACUGGGUCAUUUGAUAAGACAAAGGGACUAGGUUUAAUUGGGCAAAAUUCGGGUAAAAUUCGUGCUUCGGUGGCUGAUCCUAGAGUUAAAGCUAAAGCACCUAAGAGGCAUCAAUUUAUGGGAUCUUCCGGAGCUACUUCGGGAUUAUCAUCGUCUCUCGCGUUUACUCCCGUACAAGGAAUUGAACUAAUUAAUCCAGAGGAAGCACAAAAGAAAGUAAAGGAAGCUAAUGAUAGAUAUUUUGGUGGUGGUUCAUUUUUAAAGGUCGGAAAACCAAAACAUCAAUAA